AUGGGGGGCAGGUACGGCAGCUUUUACGAAGGAGAUGACUACUACAGCGGAGGCUCUUACCGAGGCUAUAGGGGCCGUGGUAGAGGUAGAGCUAGUGGAAGUGGAAGUGGUGGAAAUAGAGGAUCAUAUUAUCGUGGAGGGUAUCUGAACAGAUACAGCUCGUAUCGAGGUCGUGGAGGCUAUGGGCCGGCUCGAGACAAUUACUACUAUGAGGAACAAGACUAUGGACAGAGAGAAGAUAGUAGAAACAAUGACAUUAAUAGGGAUAAUCUCGGUGAUACAGAAAAAGAUGAUGGUAGCAGUAUCAGUCGUAGCUCUGGAUCUGGAUCCGGAGGACGUCAUAGUGCUGGUGAUGGAGGCUACGGUAGUCACGAAGGAUAUAGUUCUUCGGCACCUUAUGGGCACGGGGGCGACAGAAGAUAUAGAGGAGUGUAUGGAAGUAGAGGUAGAAGCUAUGGCUCGCAUGAAGAACGUAAGCAGAGGCUGGAAGAUGGAUAUUCUCUCGCACAAAAGAAACAGCCGUCUCUGAAAAGCACAUUCAAUGGUUCAAAACCAAGCUUUUCAAAUCCUUGGAUCGAAAUCUUGCACAUUACCGAUGGACAGACCCGUAAUGUGUUUGAACUGCGUUAUGAGGAGCUUCAAAAGGCUGACGAAAAACUUCUUGAAAUACAGCAAGAAAGAUUACGAAUUGAAAAUUCGGUAAAACUCCUUGAGAAACAAGCUGAAAGAGAAGAUCUACAUGUCAACAUUUUGAAUGAAAAGCUUGAGGAGUUUGCCUACGUGUAG